CCAUUUUCACAGACUCAAAAAACAAUGGAUGAAGAGUACGAUGUAAUUGUCUUGGGCACAGGUCUCAAGGAAUGCAUCCUCAGUGGCCUUCUCUCUGUUGAUGGCCUCAAGGUGUUGCACAUGGAUAGAAAUGACUACUAUGGAGGAGCUUCUACAUCUCUUAAUCUUACACAGCUAUGGAAGCGAUUUAGGGGAGAGGACACGCCACCAGAGAACUUGGGCUCGAGCAGAGAAUACAAUGUUGAUAUGAUACCUAAGUUUAUGAUGGCCAAUGGAGCUUUAGUCCGUGUUCUCAUUCACACAGAUGUUACAAAGUAUUUAAACUUCAAAGCUGUUGAUGGAAGCUUUGUGUAUAAUAAGGGAAAGAUUUACAAAGUCCCAGCAACAGAUGUUGAAGCAUUGAAGUCACCUUUAAUGGGACUGUUUGAGAAGCGCCGUGCUCGAAAGUUCUUCAUUUAUGUCCAAGAUUAUGAAGCAAAUGAUCCCAAAUCUCAUGAAGGACUAGAUUUGAGCGAAGUUACAGCUAGGCAGCUGAUAUCGAAAUAUGGGUUGGAAGAUGAUACUGUUGACUUUAUUGGUCAUGCCUUGGCCCUUCAUCUUGAUGACAGUUACUUGGAUAAGCCAGCCAAGGAUUUCGUGGAGAGAGUUAAGAUUUAUGCAGAGUCCCUAGCACGCUUUCAAGGAGGGUCACCUUACAUAUAUCCACUAUAUGGACUGGGAGAGUUGCCACAGGCAUUUGCACGUCUGAGUGCUGUGUAUGGUGGAACUUACAUGCUAAACAAGCCAGAAUGCAAGGUAGAGUUUGAUGACGAUGGGAAAGCCAUCGGUGUGACUUCAGAAGGAGAAACAGCCAAAUGCAAGAAAGUUGUGUGUGAUCCAUCAUACCUCUCUGAUAAGGUUCAAUUGGUUGGAAAAGUUGCACGUGCAAUAUGUAUUAUGAGCCAUCCUAUUCCAGACACCAAUGACUCUCACUCAGCCCAAGUCAUUCUGCCGCAGAAGCAGCUUGGUCGUAAAUCAGACAUGUAUCUCUUUUGCUGCUCUUAUGCUCACAAUGUAGCGCCAAAAGGAAAAUAUAUUGCUUUCGUUACAACAGAAGCUGAGACUGAUCAACCUGAGGUGGAAUUGAAGCCUGGUAUUGACCUUCUUGGACCUGUAGACGAGAUAUUUUAUGACAUUUAUGACAGAUUUGAACCCUGCAAUGAUCAUGAAGCUGAUGGUUGUUUCAUCUCUACAAGCUAUGAUGCUACCACACACUUUGAAACAACGGUUAAAGAUGUGGUUGGGAUGUACAGUAAGAUCACUGGAAAGGUUCUUGAUCUUUCUGUGGACCUGAGUGCCGCAAGUGCUGCAGCUGAAGAAUGA